AUGGGUUACACUCUCGCCGUCCUUGGAUGCGGAACGAUGGGCAUAGCGAUCCUUUCCGGCGUUCUCACCUCCCUCGAUUCUUUACCAUCCCGUCCCUCAAUUUCAGAAGAUACAGAACCUCCUUCGGGAAUAUCAACACCUACAAACUCUCAAUUCCUCCAUGCACCCGAUAAUGUCCUCCCGGCAAGAUUCAUAGCUACCGUCGGAAGAGAAGAGACCGCCAGGAAAUUACGUAAGGUAUUUGGAGGUAUGGGAGAGAGAGGGAAGGGUGUGGAAGUUGUUAGUGAAGGUAAUGUUGGGGCUGUCAAGAAAUCAGAUGUGAUAUUAGUUUGUUCAAAACCUCAAAUAGCAAAAUCCAUCUUAUUAGAAGAAGGUAUGGCGGAUGCUCUUGAAGGAAAAUUACUCGUUUCUAUAUGUGCUGGAGUCACAUUAUCACAAUUACGUUCUUGGGUUCCAAAAAGUGUUAUGGUCGUUCGUGCUAUGCCAAAUACCCCUUGUAAGAUAAGAGAAGGAAUGACCGUCGUCACACCCGUUUCCGACCCUCACAACCGGGCACUCAUCUUAGCCAUCUUCACUUCCUGUGGGAGAUGUAGAUUCUUAGAUGAAAAACAUUUCGACGCUUGUACUGCUUUAGCGGGAUCAGGACCUGCUUUCGUUGCUUUGGUUCUGGAGGCGAUGGCUGAUGGAGGGGUCAUGAUGGGUUUACCCAGAGUAGAGGCAUUGGAGCUCGCUGCGCAAACGAUCCAAGGUACAGGUCGAAUGGCACUUUACGGUGGUCUUCAUCCUGCCCAAUUGAAAGAUAGCGUCACGACUCCUGGAGGUUGCACCAUAGCUGGAUUACUCACUUUGGAAGAUGGAAGAGUGAGGUCUACUAUGGCACGGGCAAUACAGGUAGCUACGAAUCAUGCUGCUGGUCUUGGACAAGAAAAUAAAUGA